CGUCGCCGGAUUGGCCGAAGAGGAAUUGGUCUUGGAUGAGAGGAUGCGAGCCGACGGUCAAAGGGAAAAGAGAGGGAGACUGAGGCUCGGAGAGCCGUGAGUCGUGAGCGAGAGAAGAGCGAAGGUGGGGAGAAGCGCGAGUCAGAGAGGGACUGGGAAUCGGAACAGUUCGGAUGCACACCGUGCAAGGACGGUGAUUCAGUUAGCGGCGAGCCGCCGUCGGUGAAGGAUCGUUGAUCGUCGGUUUUUCGUUUUUCUUCGGGUCGCAUCGCAUCGCAUCGCAUCGCAUCGCAUCACGCUGGUUCGGAUCGUGUGGCGAGCCGCGCGUUGUGUACCGUGUUCCGUGUUCCGUCUUUUCGAGAUACGAUUCGUUUCAUGUUGAAACGUAGCCGUCGCGUGUACACGCGCACGCGCCCCCGACUCGUUACAAUUACACGGCUCGCUUAGGAAUGAAAUUGACACGCGCGUUCCGCUUGAAAAUCGAAUACACCUGAUUACGAGAGACGCUCGAUGAAAUAUAUCGAAGCUGGUUAGCCUGUGUCGAAUCGUCCUUGUUGAACGAACAUUGGAAAAAUUCGUUUCGAAAUCUCGAUCGCUAUCGCGACGAAAUUCGAAUCGAAGAUCUUCUAGUCUAGUCUUGAAGGAGGGAACGCGUGUGGUUCGCAAACGGGACCGCUCUUGUUUUCGCCAGCCCUCCGGUAUAAUGCAAACAGGAAGAAAAAUCGAAGCGAGCGGCUUCGUGGUGGGCAUCGACACUCUGAUCGUGAAAGUUUAAUCGAUCGGUCGAUAUGAUGAGCAGGAGAGAAGCGUAGGAUCGACGAUUCGAAACUUGGUAGGAUCGAAAACUCGAACGGUGUCGCUUUACCCGAAAGAAGAACAGAGCGAGGAAAUAAUCGCCGAACAAGACAAGGACGGUUUGUGCGUAGGUGACACAGCAAGGGGCUGUGGGGGAGGGUGAGGGGCGGGGAAGGGAAGGGAAGAGAAGGGAAGAAGGCGUGUAAGAGAGACAGAGAGAGAGAGAGAGAGAAGUCGUAUCGCGCGCGAACACAACUCGACGAAGAUGAAGAGUGGAGCAAAGGCACGAUUGUUGGGAAUCGUCUACGGAGUGAUUCUGUUCGAUUGCGGGAACGCAUUGGCCGGUAGCGAGAUCUACGCGAAGACGUUCCCGAGCCAACAACAUCCGUCGGACCCGUGCUACGACGAGGACAGACCGCGUCGAUGCAUCCCGAAUUUUGUGAACGCGGCAUUUGGAGCGGCGGUGGAGGCUUCGUCGACCUGUGGAAGCGGCGGGCCCACGAGGUACUGCGACGUGAUCGAACAGCCGGGUGGUAGCACGGGUAUAGGUCAGUGCCACAUCUGCGACGACAGUACGCCGCGACGUCGAUUUCCCGCGAGCUACCUCACGGAUGUGAGCAACCCCAACAACGUGACCUGCUGGCGAAGCGAGCCUCUUGUCACCUCUCAGAGUUUCUCCGCACCGCCAGACAAUGUGACCUUGACCCUCUCUCUAGGAAAGAAAUACGAACUGACCUACGUCAGCCUGCAAUUCUGCCCAAAAGCGGCCAAGCCGGACUCGAUUGCGAUUUACAAAUCGAUGGACUACGGGAAGACGUGGCAACCGUUCCAGUUCUAUUCGUCUCAGUGUCGGCGAGUAUACGGCAGACCGAAUCGCGCCACCAUCACAAAGGCGAACGAGCAAGAGGCCAGAUGCACCGACAGUCAUCGAUAUACCGGUGGUAACGGCCUCGCGCCCGUCGGCAGAAUCGCGUUCAGCACCCUGGAGGGCCGCCCGUCGGCUUCCGACUUUGAUAACUCGCCGGUUCUCCAGGAUUGGGUUACCGCGACCGAUGUUCGUGUCGUCUUCAAUCGGCUUCACAUGCCCCAGCAGCCGUCGCAGGAACAAGUCUUGCAACUAGGUGGAACUGGCGACGAUCACGACCGCGAUCAUGGCCUCGGCCUCGAGGAGUUGGCGAAACGCGAGAGGGAGAGAGAAGAGAGGUUGAAAAAUCAACAGAAGAGCCCCGCUCGUGCAGGUUUGCUCGAUUCAUUGGCGACCGCUUUGCCCUCAGUACACCAGGUUAUCGCGCCGCAAGAGAUGCAAUCGAACGACGCGGUUGAUGACGAUGAGAGCGAGUUUGCAGCGGCGGCGGCGGCGGCGGCGGCGACGGUCACCGUCUCGACCAGUACGACCAGCACCCUCGCCAGCAAUCAUGGGACCAGCACGCUGGCUCAUCAUUACGCGGUCUCGGAUUUCGCCGUCGGCGGCAGGUGUAAGUGCAACGGCCACGCGGCAAGGUGCAUCCAAGGCAAGGACGGCGAGGUCGCCUGCGAGUGUAGGCAUAACACCGCCGGCAGAGACUGCGAGAGGUGUCGUCCGUUCCACUUCGAUCGACCAUGGGCACGAGCCACUGCCAGAGAUGCCAACGAAUGCAAAGAGUGCAACUGCAAUCUCCACGCAAGAAAGUGCAGAUUCAACAUGGAACUAUACAAGCUGUCGGGUCGUGUCAGCGGAGGCGUUUGUCUGCAGUGCCGGCAUUUUACAGCAGGAAGACACUGUCACUAUUGUCGAGAAGGUUACUACAGGGAUCCGGCGAGACCGAUCCAACAUCGUAAAGCCUGCAAACCGUGUGACUGUCAUCCGAUCGGAGCUUCCGGAAAAACUUGUAACCAAAGUACUGGCCAGUGUCCGUGUAAAGACGGAGUAACUGGUACCACUUGUAACAGAUGUGCCAGAGGUUACCAACAGAGUAGAUCGCACAUUGCACCUUGUAUCAAAAUACCGAGGGUUGUGCAGACUCAAGGGACAGCUGGUGAGGAGAGCGGAGAACACGAAGACGACGACGACGAGCGCGGUUACGAUGGACGAGCUGAUCAAUGUGGAAAAUGUCGAGCCAGCACUAAAAGAUUGAACCUGAACAAGUAUUGCAAAAGAGAUUAUGCUAUUCUGGGUAGGAUAACAGAUAGACACAAAAAGAACGAUGGCUCUCCAGCAGGAACGAGCGUGUCUAGUUCAGUUUGGAUACGUUUCACCUUAAAUGUUGACUUUAUUUAUAAAAAAUCUUCAAACUCGAGGAUUCGUCGUGGUGACGUGUUUCUUUACGUACACUCGGCCGACUUAGCCUGUAGAUGCCCGAAAAUCAAGCCAAACAGAUCGUACUUGAUUCUUGGCCAAGAAAGCGAUGGCGGAGGUCAAGGUGGACUGACAGUGACGCAAAGGUCGAUUGUGAUCGAAUGGCGCGACGAGUGGCAUCGUCGAAUGCGACGCUUCCAGCGGAGGGCAAAAUCGUGCCAUUGAACUAAUUUGCAUCACACCAAGGAAAAUUAGACGGAGAAAGAUUGGGAAGAUAGAGCAAGCAGCGGAGAAGAUAAAGAUGGAAUAAAAGAAAAUGAACGAACCAGAGAGAUUGAGAAACAGAAGUUAAAACUUUACUCGUAUAUGUACGUAGAAAAGGAUGCACAUUCAUUUUCAAAACUGCCAAUAGCUGUAUGUACUCUCGCAUACUUACUUCUCGAACGAAAUAAAAAUACUCGACGACGUCCUAAGAUUAAUGAUAAGUAACAAAGAAACUCAAACGAAAUGAAGUGCAAGUGAGAACCCAAAUAUACGUGAACGGGGCGUAAGUUGGUUUCAUGUUACAUACAGAGACUUUUAAUUUAUCAAAGCUAAUAAAUUGUUUACGUCAAGUAUCAUCAAUAUAGAAAGAAACAUCUAUAUCGAAUAAAAUGACGAACGGUUUAUUUGAUAACUUAAUUUUAUUCGUUAAUGUUUUGGUUAUUUUUGUUGAAUUUUCUGACAAAUAGUUCCAAAUACACGUUAACUUACUUCUAAGAGCUUAUAACUUUUGUAUAUUAUGUUAUACAAUUUUUAUAAAUAAAGCUGUAAAUUUGAUAAAUGUGACAGUCUCGGUGACAUUUUUUGUGCUUAGGAUUUUAGUUGGCAUGUUCUAAAACUUGCUAUAUCUGGUCUAUAUAGAAAUAUGUACAUGUUUCUCACAUCUUUGAGAGAUAGUAGGUAAAUAUAUAUACACAUCUCUGUAUGUAUUUUUUAUAACUUUUUAAAUAAUUUGGGUAUUAAAACAUACGAAAUAUGUAUAUCUAAUUAGAGAUUUCUAUUAUUUUACAAUGUAUUGUAGAAUAUGCAACAAUUUUCUAGAAAUUUGGAAAAAUUGUGUAUACAUAUAUUGCAACAACAUUUCUCACAUGCAUUUCAUCCAACCAAAAAUGCAAUAUUUUGUAUUAAAUUAGACUUAGUUAGACAUUUAUAUCGAUAUAUGUAUACAUUUUCUAUGAAUUUAUAGUUUAUAUUUUUUUUUCUAUUCAAUUUAUAUCAUAAACCAGAAGAAAUUGAAAUCGCACUAUAACUUACAAUAAAGGAAGUUACGUUUUACAAAUUACAAUUCGUAAAUUGAUUUUUAUUACGCUACGUUGCAAUUUGAAUAUCUAACAACGUAUAUACUUUAUCUUUCUUAAAACCUAACAUUUUUAGUCUCAAAUUUAACAUUUUGCUCAAAAUGUGCGAAACAAAUCGAUAAGAAUGUUGUAUGCCGUUAAAUGUAUUAAUAAAAUGAAUCAAAUGUGCAGUAUUGGGUAGUAAAUUAGAAUUAUACGCAUAUCAGUCGUAACCACCAUUUCGUACAAAUAUGUCAUUUUUAUAUUUUGUUAUAUAUAAUACAGAUACACUACGAAUUUGAAGAAUAUGCAAUAUUGAGACGCGUAAUCAAAAGAAUAAUAAUGCGGUAUAAUGAUUCUAUUAGAAAAUUCGUAAUACUUUCAUUUUUUCUUUUACUUUAAUUAAAGAUGUGUCAAAAAAUAGAAAGAACGCAUUCAUUGCAUGCAAUUGGGAAAUCUGUUUAUUAAUUAAUAAACAUAUAUAUAUAUAUAUGUAUAUAUAUAUAUAUAUAUAUAUAUGUAUGUAUAUAUAUAUAUAUGUAUAUUAUGUAUAUAUAUAUAUAUAUAUAUACAUAAGUAACAAAAACUUGUUUCUCUAAUUCUUCGGAUAUGCAUAAUCUAACUAAAAUCAAAAUUUCUAUCAUUCUUUCUUAGCUUAUAAAACACUCAUAUACGACUACGUAUAGCUAUACAACAGAUAUGUGCUAUAGUACAUUCUAUUGCACCUUGUAUUUCUAUAAUACGCAAAUUACGUAAAGUAAACUAUUACAAUUACAAACACAAUAUAUUCAAUUAAAUAACAAUACACAAUUUUAUUAUAUGUAUAAUUUACAUAAUUAAUAAUUGAAAAUAUACAUAAUAUUUGUGCACAAACACUGCCUGCAAUUUGCCGAUAUUUAUAUACGAGAAUUUAGAUAAACAAGUUUUUACUACCUUAUUUUCCUUUUAUUUGGUGACAUGUAUGUAUACAUAUUAUAAAUUCUAUUGAGUUUUAUUAUUGACAAAAAUGUAGACACAUGAUGUUUUGCCCAAAAGAUUCUUUAUGUCAUGUACAUCAAACUCUUUAGGUUUACGAAUCGUUCCUGCAAAGCGAUAUUUCAUCUCUCUUAUUGCAGUUAUACCACCAAUUAGACUAACAAUAAGAUUUUACAACGUUGUACAUUGUACAUGGUCUUUUCCCCGCUCUCAGACUUCCCAUUUUUCUCAUAUAGUAUAACCUUCUUUUUUAAUUUAUUUAUUCUUCUCUCAUUCGGUUAUCACAAAUCGAUCACAUUUAUAAAGAUAUACGCGUACGUUGAAUGUAGAUUUUCUUGUACAUUUUCUAUAUAAAUUAUUAAGAUUCUUUUCUAGUUGAUAUUAUUAUUAGUAUUAUUAUUGGUAGCAGUAGUGAUAAUAAUAGUAGUAACGAUUAUCGAAGAAAUAUAGAGGCUAAGCUCGAAAUGUGUGGAAAUAACUAUUCAUCGAAUGAUCGGUUACUACUUGCUGCAAAAAGAAUUUUCGUAGCUUCAAAUGUUACGAUGAUUAAAAUUAACCUUGUUGUCGUCAUAAAAUUUGACAAGACAUAAAGGGAAACGGUAUUUACUUAAUUAACGUAUAUUUAAUGCGCUUUAAUAUGAAAUUUCAUACAAAGGGGUAUGUGUAUAUUAGUGAUGAGAAAUUUCCUUUUACAAUUUUACAUAACAUGAACAUAAUCAAUUGUUCUUCCGAAUUUUAAAACUUGUUUUCCCUGCAUGUUAUUCGUGUAUACUUCGACAAUAAAAAAUAACCCAACUGUGGAAACUUUACAAAUGAAAUGGGAAACUUUAUCGUUAAGUGGAAUUAAUUAUAACAACAUUCACAUAUACAGUUACAUUAAAUAGAAUGAUUUAUGAUAAUUGUCCUGCUUAACAAAUAAGUUCCUAACAGUGACAGCCACGUACAUCUUAUAAUUUUCCCUUAAAAGUUUUUUAAAUCAGCUAUAUCGAACAAAUUUAUUUGUAAUAUUCGACAAUUAAUCUUCUUAUAAACAUCUUUUAAAUAAAUAACAAAUAUUUUCAAUCGUUUCCUAAACUAUGAUUUCAUUUAUAUUAGCUACAUGUAUAUAGGGUGCUUGAUAUUCAUCCUGUCUUAAAUUCGAAACUAAACGUUCUACCUAAUUGACAACUUUUCAAUUAAUUGUAAGCUUAAUGUUUAGCAAAAUCUAUUUUACCAAGCAUUUCUAUGCAUUUUUAUUAUCAUGGAUAUCAAAAUUGAAAUUUUGAUAGUGAAUACAAUUUUAAGACAUUCUGUAUCUACUUGUUUAUUUCAAUAUUUAUUCUUGUUAGCGUUUUCUAUUUCAAGUGGAGAAAAUUCUCUUCACAAAAGAUCUCUAUCGAUCAAUCAACUUUGAUUAGUUUAUAACAUUCACGGCUAUAAAAAUUCCGUCUCGUAAAACGGAACAUACGAUUCAUCAUUUUUAAACAUGAAAACGUAAAAAAUGUAAAAAGAAAAUUUACUUCCAAAAUAUUAGAGAGAAAUUCUUCAUUAGUUAUUAUUAAAAUCAACCGAAGCAAAACAUCCGUAGCAUAAGUUAAAAUAAAAUAUCAAUUUAAAAAAUUUGUGAAAAUAAUUCUGAUUUGUAAUAACAAUAUCUUGCCUCCUCGAUUGGAGAAUGAUUAAGCAUUGUUUUAUAUAUCAAAAUCAACGAUGCAUCAAUGUACUUACGAUAUUAAUGAAUACCGAACGCUGCAUGUGUUCAUGUGAUCGUAAUAGCGAACUUAUAUAAAACCGACGUAAGAUGAUAUACCUACUCUAAAUCUUCGUUUAUGUGACCCUUUUUAUGAGGCUUGAUACAUUUUUCUAAUCACUUGUUUCUUAAUUACUUAAUCACCUAAAAUAUAUUUUCAUUCUGAUAGAAAGUAUCACAAACGAACAAAAAUGUUUUCUAUUUGUUUUCCUUGAUAAAUAUUAUAGGUCUGUCUGAAAAAAACUGGAUUAUUCUCCUAAAUUUAUGAUUUCUAUUAUAAAAAAACUAAAAAAGAGUCACGUAAAUAAAAAUUAAGGUAAUGAACACGACUAAUAAUGUUCGAUUGAAAUAACAUUAUUCGACAUCAACGGCAAGAGAAUUUUUGUAAGAGAAUCAUACUUUAAUUAUUGUAAUCUCAUUGUUCGCGAGACGUUACUUCGAAGAUUCACUGUUUCCGUCGCCUAUGCUAUAAUUACGUGUAUAAAAUGUACCAACGUAAAAUAGCUUUAGUAUAAGUAAAGAAUAUAUCAGCUAUUCACAAAAUUAGUACAUAUAUUUGAGUAUUAGAAAGAAAGAAUAUACGUACAGGAUGAUGUAUUACAUUACAAGGAAGAUCGAUCACAUCGAUCGAUGUGGCUUAUUAUAAUCUCAAUCAAAUUGCUAAAGAUGUCACGGCCGAUCGGAUUUUUUAAUAUUAUCAGGCAUAGUAUAAACGCAUAUUUAAUUCUGUUCUAUCACUUCGAAAUGAUUUGAACACAUCUUCCAAUCCUUUUAUAAGAGACUUAGAAAUUAGAAUGAUGUAACAGCUUGAUUUUUUGCAUUCUGAAAACUAUCCUUACACGUUAAGAUGAUUUAAUACUUCGCGUAACUAUUUCGUAGCAACAAAUAAUUAGGUUUAUUAAAACGUUUUUAUAAAGAUGCAACAUCGAUUGAUAACAAAAAUUUGUUCUUUAUAUACAUACAUAUAUAGAUAUAUUUGUAAGGCAGAUUGCAAAAAAUUAACAGUUGAGAACUAACGAUCAUUCGGUGUCAUUACGCAAAGUAAUUACAGCAUAUGUAGAAAUAAGAGGAUCUUAUUGUUAGUUCCGUUGUUCAAUUUCCUUCGAGCGUGUUAAAAGCAAAAUCUGCACCGUUUAGUUAAGAAUGGUUCGCGCGAUAGUAUUGUAGAUGAAAGAAUACCGAUUACAGGUCCGAGAUUUUACGAAAUUCUUGACCAGUUGUAUGUAUAUCGUAGAAUAUACACGAUAUCACAGUAAGUGUGCUAUUUAUACCUCUACAUUAUUAAUCGAUUACUGUUGUACCACGAUUACGAUUUAGAUUCGAUUAAAUUAUUAAGUGUAUCGUUGUGUAUUGUGGUGUAAUAAAUGUGAUUAGUUGUAUGAAUAAUAAAUACAAUGCAUAAGGAA